AUGACGGGUCAUCGGUCUUUAAAUAAAUAUUCCUUGACACAAGGCUAUCUCUGUGCCUACGAAUCUAAAAACAGGGCUCUGGGCUCUGGCUGGCUUGGUGAGAAGAAGAGGAGUCCCCUGCAGAUGCUCUAUGACUUGGAUGAGGGCCCGCUCUCCGCCUUGGCUGAAGUGCACCGGCAGAGGCGUGAUCUGCUGCACCGCGCCUGCAGCCGCCACACACGCCGGCGGCGCCUGCUGCGGCCGGAGGACCUGCGACAUGUGCUUGUGGACGACGCGCACGGCCUGCUCUAUUGCUACGUGCCCAAGGUGGCCUGCACCAACUGGAAGCGUGUGCUGUUGGCAUUGAGCGGCCGCUUCGGCGGGGACCCGCGAGCCAUUCCCGCGCACGAGGUGCAUGCUCCAGGCCGCCUGCCCUCUCUGGCUGACUUCAGCCCCACGGAGAUCAACCGGCGCCUUCGCUCCUAUCUAGCCUUCCUGUUCGUGCGCGAGCCCUUCCAGCGCCUGGCCUCGGCCUACAGCAACAAGUUUUCGCAGCCCUACAGUGCGGCCUUCCAGCGGCGCUAUGGCACGCGCAUCGUGUGGCGCCUGCGUCCGCGCCCACACCCGGAAUCGCUGGCCCGCGGCCACGACGUGCGCUUCACGGAGUUCCUAGCCUACCUGCUGGAUCCGCGUACGCGCCGCAACGAACCCUUCAACGAACACUGGGAGCGCGCCCACGCGCUCUGUCACCCUUGCGGCCUGCGCUAUGACAUCGUAGGCAAGUUCGAGACGCUGGCAGAAGACGCGGCGUUCGUGCUGAGCCUGGUGGGCGCGCCGGGUCUGCGCUUCCCUUCGCCACCGGCCCGGGCCAAGGCUGCUGCCACGCACGACCAGGCCGCACGCCUCUUCCAGGACAUCAGCCCCUUCUACCAGCGGCGCCUCUUCAACCUAUACAGGAUGGACUUUCUGCUCUUCAACUACUCCGUCCCCUCCUACCUGCGGCUGCACUAG